AUGAGCAACAAGGCCGAAUCUUCGCUCAGGCGCUCCGUGUUCAACGACCUCCGUCUGGAGGGACAGUUUUGCGACGCGGUCAUCAACGUGGAGAACGUGGCGUUUGACGUCCACAGGGUCAUCCUGUGUAAAUGCAGCGAAUACUUCAUUGCUCUCUUCGGACGCUGGUGCCCAGCAGACAAGAAGGUCUUCGUCAUACCGGGAGUGUCUCCCGACGCCAUGCGGCUCAUCAUUGAGUUUGCGUACACCGGCUCCGUUUCAGUGACUGAAGAACACGUGCGGGAGCUGCUGCUGGCGGCUGACCAGCUCAACGUGAUGGACGUCGUGCAGACUUGCUGCGACUUCCUCGGGGAGCGGCUCAGAGCGGAGAACUGCAUCGGCAUCUUUGAGUUCACCGACAUCGUCUUCUGCCCCGAACUGCAGCGCAGGGCCUACAGCUACGUGGUGGAGCACUUCGAGGAGGUGGCUCACCACGAAGAGUUCCUGCAGCUGCCCCUGCAGCGACUCAUCGACCUCCUCGAAAGAGACGACCUCAACGUGAGGAACGAGAGCGUCGCCUUCGAGGCCGUCCUUCGCUGGAUCGACCACACGCCCGAAACACGGAAAGCACACGUAGCGGUGCUCUUUUCAAAGGUGCGACUGGCCUUGACGAGUUUGAACUACAUGCGGCUCAAGGUUCUGUCCAAUGAGCUGGUGAGCACCAGCACUGAGUGCCAGUCAAUGGUCCAGAGUGUCCUUGAGGCCAUCGGUCACAUCCGGACCAGCAGGCCCUCUGUUGCUCAGCUCAGCAACCCUCUCCUCCGCCCUCGCCUCCCGAACGCCGUCCUGUUGGCCAUCGGAGGCUGGAGCAGCAGCAAUCCAACCAACGGCAUCGAGGCGUACGACUUCCGCGCCGACCACUGGAUGAACAUGACAGACAAUUGCGAGCGUCCCCGCGCCAACCACGGCACCGCCGUCCUCAACGGGAGCCUCUACUGCAUCGGCGGCUUCGACCGGGCGGAGUAUUUUAACAGCGUGCGCAGGUUCGACCUGAGGACGCGCGUCUGGCACGAGGCCGCCCCCAUGUGCCACCGCCGCUGCUCCGUGAGCGUCACCGCGCUGGACGGAUGCAUCUACGCCAUGGGAGGCUUCGAUGGGAACUCGUGGCUCUGCACCGCCGAGCGCUACAGGCCCGAGGCCAACCAGUGGAGUCUCAUCGCGCCGAUGCAAGAGCGCCGGAGCGACGCCAGCAGCACGACGCUGGACAACAAGCUUUACAUCUGUGGGGGCUUCAAUGGAAGAGAGUACCUGCAGACGGCUGAAUGCUACCUCCCGGAGGCCGACCAGUGGACGAUGAUCGCCCCCAUGAGCAUCCCACGCAGCGGAACUGGCACCGCUGCAUAUGCAGGUCUCGUGUAUGCAGUUGGCGGCUUUGAUGACAACAACCUUCUGAACACUGCCGAGGCGUACGACCCCGUGAACAACAGCUGGCAGGAAGUGACGCCCAUGGUGACGCCCCGCAGCAACUUCGGCAUCGAAGUGCUGGACGAUCGUCUCUUUGUUGUCGGGGGCGACAACGGCAACACCACCUGCUACAACGUGGAGAGCUACGACGAGAUGACCGCUGAGUGGACCGAGGCUUGUGACAUGGACAUUUCCCGCAGUGCCCUGAGCUGCAGCGUGGUGUCCGGGCUCCCCAACAUGGCCGACUACGCUGUUCCCCGGGACGUCCUGCUGCUGAUACACGAGGAUGCAGACUCGGACGAACACUCCUGAACCGUGCCAUCAUCCACACGGUUUUAGGACCUAAAACUACAAAAGAGAAAUAAAAUGUCUUUGUGCGUUAAUCUGCUGUCACUCCAGAUAACCCGGCUGCUAGCUGCCGGCAAAUACAAAGAAAACACACAUCCAGAGGUGUUGGCUCAUU